AGCUGAAUUACAAAUACCCAAUAAUAAUAAUAAUAAUCAAAAUUACCUUAUUGAACUCAUUAAAGAGCUGAAUAUAGAAAUAAUAACAAGAUAGAUAAAGAAGAAGAAGAAGAAGAGGGAGAAGAAGAUGAUGAUGUAAAAGAGAAAAUGAAUUCAAAUAAUAAUGUCAGUUGGAUGAGUAUGUCAGCUCCACAAGCGAAUGAUGAACGGAUACUGUCUUCCUCUCGAUUGAAACGAAUAAUACCCACUAAAACAGGGAAUAGUGUAAAUCAGUCUAUUAUCGAUAAAUCAUCUUCUUCUUCUACUAUGAUGCAUUAUGAUGAUGUAAAGGGUAAAAAAGCUAUUGAAGAAGCUAUUUUACCGAAAAAUAAAAUUGAAGAGCAUACUAUCCUGUCACCCUCUAUUUCAUCUACAACAACAACAACUUCACAUAGUGUAGAUUUUAGUUUAUCGCCAUUUCAUCAACUGCAUCAUCAAAUAGUGAAUAUGUUGAAAAGAAUAAAUCAAACAGAGACAAGAACCUUAAAUCGACAGCUUCGACGCGCCUUUGAUAUAUUCGAAUUAAGUAAUAUGAGUAAUUCAAUUAUUGAAAAUAUUAUAACGGAUAUAGAUCAUCUUAAGAUGCAGUUUUUAUGGAUCGAGGAUGUAAAGCAGGAAUUAUGGAUCCACGAUGUCUCUAUGGCCGACUUUUUCCCACUGAUGGGUGUUGUACAAGAGAUGCUGAAGGAGAUCAGUCAACUUAAGAUGACACUCAAUGAUUUACAAGUCGAUUAUGUAAAGAAGAUUGAAAAGAAUGAUAUUCGACUGAAGGAAGAAGCUUUAGGAAAACAACAACUCCAGAUACAGCAGCGUACGAUGAAAGAAAGUACAAGCUACCAUGGACCUCUUUCCUGGUUAUUAUCCAAUAUCUUUCAAAAACGCCCAGAAAAUAUUCCUGAUCAAUCUUCCAAUCUUGUACCCUCUUAUAGGCCUUUUCAUACGCGUUUUAGUACAAGUGAAAUAUGUACAACAGCAUCAGCCUAUUCCAGAUCCAAGCCCAAGAGAGUACCCUCUGUUCCUACAGUGGUUGACAAAGAUGAAUCCGUAGUUCAAUGCCAAAAGAGUAUAGAUCGUUAUGGACCUUCAUCUAGUUUCCCUACUACAAGAUCCACAGCUAAGGUGGAUAACCAUUUUGCAAAGCGAAGAUCAACACAUACUACUCAUGGCACAACAGCAGAUCAAUCAUCGUCAUUUCCUUUAUUAAGAGCCUCACAAAGUGUAGGAACUGUUAGAAGAUCUCAAGCAUCACCUGCUUUAGAAUACAUCGUUAGAAAGAAGAAAAGAUCAAGUUUAGGACUAAAUUCACUUUUUACUACAGAUCUUUUGGGACUACCUCACCACCAGUCAAGCCCUGAUGAGAUAGCGAAUAGAUUUCCAACAAGCUGGUUAGGUAAUAAAUAGCUUAUAUCUAGAUAAGGUUUCAUUAUUUCAUCUAUCUUAUUAAGGAAAGAACGCUUAUGUACAAUUCUUUUUAAAUAAAAUAAAGAUACUAGUAGAGUAAAUGUAAAUGAUAAAUUAACAAAUACAAUACAAGA